AUGGGCGCCGCGGGCAGCGUCUCCGACUACGAGACGGCCGAGAAGAACUCGGACGCGUCGGCCUUCCCCCCGGCCUUUGCGGAGGUGUCCAAGGCCGUCGCCGAGAAGAAGGCCGCCGGCGCCGGCGACGCCGAGCUGCUGGCCUUCGCCGAGGCCGAGUGCGCCUCCAAGGCGCUCACGGUCCACCUGGACAAGGAGUACUCGGCGUCGACGGGCCGGGGCCGGCUCCACGUGACCGCGUCGACGACGCCGGCGGCGCCCGCGGCCGCGCCCGCCGCGGCGGCCGCGGCGCCGAAGCCCGGCGAGCGGUCGCCGCGCGAUUUGGAAGCCUCCAAGGUCGACUGGCUCAGCGGGGUCGUCGUGGAGACGAACAAGAAGCUGCUGGCGACGCCGACGCAGACCUUCGUCGUGCUCACGGACGGCAGCCAGGCCGCGCACCGCGCCUUCGAAGUCGGCAAGACGCUCGUCAAGGACGACGACACCUUGACGGUCAUGCACGUCAAGAGCGACAAGGACUACACGGAGCACGAGUUCAAGGCCGACACGAUCAUGGCGAGGUACGACAGCGAGCUCACGGGCUUCCUACCGGAGAAGCGCCGGAGCUCGCUGCUCCACGUCAAGGACGACAAGACGACGACGAAGUCGUUCAUCUCCGAGUGGGUCAACGGUCUCAAGGCCGAGCCCGACGAGGGCGCGACGCCGCGGCGGAGCCACCGCAUGCCCAACUUUUUGAUCGUGGGCUUCUCGGGGCGCAAGGAGCCGACGCGGGACCCGACGGUGCUGGGGCAGGUCGCGGACCUCAGCCUGAGGACCGUCGCGUGCCCGUGCGUCAUCGUGAAACGCGCGCCGACGCCGGGCCCGAAGACGAUCACGACCUUCGUCGUCGACCACGAGCGCUGCUGGACGGCCUACCGCCUGCUCCUGGCGAUCAUGAAGCCCGAGGACAAGCUGCGGGUCGUCACGCUCACGGAGGGCACGGACAACCUGGCGGCCGCGGAGGCGCUCAAGGCCAAGUACCUCGCGCACCUCCACGAGCGGGGCUACACCGGCGACGCCUUCGCGGAGCACUACGCCGUCGACGUGCUGACCAAGGCCGCGGGCGUCACGGCGGCCAAGGCCAUCGCGGACAUCGUCGACGACGAGCGGCCCGAGUACGUCGCGCUCGCGACGUCGCCCAAGGACCACAUCGGCUCCGUCGCGGACCACCUCAUCCGCUCCUACAAGGGCAACAUCAUCGUCAUGAAGGGCUAG